UCCCGCAGAGCAAACGCCGUGGCUCCUCGCUGUAUUCAGUAAACCACUGGGAGUCCGAGGGCACAGAGGCCGCGCGCCAGCCUCCCACGAUGGGGAAGUUUGUGGUGGUGGGAGGCGGCAUCGCGGGUGUCACGUGUGCGGAGCAGUUGGCUAUUAGCUUUCCAUCAGAGGAUAUUCUCCUGGUCACAGCUUCUCCUGUUAUUAAAGCAGUUACAAAUUUCAAACAGGUUUCUAAAAUAUUGGAAGAAUUUGAUGUUGAAGAGCAACCAAGUACCAUGUUAGAAAGUCGCUUUCCUAACAUUAAGGUCAUAGAAUCUGGAGUAAAGCAACUGAAGAGUAAAGAACAUUGCAUUUUCACAGAAGAUGGCAGUCAGCUUGUAUAUGAGAAACUCUGUCUGUGCGCUGGAGCCAAGCCAAAGUUGAUAUGUGAAGGAAACCCUUAUGUGCUAGGAAUCCGUGAUACAGACAGUGCUCAGGAAUUUCAGAAGCAGCUUACUAAAGCUAAAAGAAUAAUGAUCAUAGGGAAUGGUGGUAUUGCACUUGAAUUAGUCUAUGAGAUUGAAGGCUGCGAAGUGAUUUGGGCCAUUAAAGAUAAAGCUAUUGGGAACACUUUCUUCGAUGCAGGAGCAGCUGCAUUUUUGACUUCCAAGCUCAUCUCUGAAAAACCAGAAGCUAAAAUUCCACCUAAAAGGAGUAAAUAUACAACUGAAGGAAUGAAGAAGGAGGCAAGAACCAAAGCUAAAGCUGAUAAUGUAGGCAGUGCCUUGGGACCAGACUGGCAUGAAGGCUUGGAUCUUAAAGGAACAAAAGAGUUUUCUCAUAAGGUUCACAUUGAAACUAUGUGUGAAGUUAAGAAAAUCUACCUCCAGGAAGAAUUUAGACUUCUGAAGAAAAAUUCCUUGACUUUUCCAACAGACCUACAUAGUGAGUCAGUUACAACUGAUAAUGAAACAUGGCCUGUAUAUGUGGAACUGACCAAUGAAAAGCUGUACGGCUGUGAUUUUAUUGUCAGUGCUACAGGAGUUACACCAAAUACAGAACCUUUUCUCCAUGGUAACAAUUUUGACCUAGGAGAAGACGGCGGCCUGAAAGUGGAUGACCACAUGCACACGUCACUUCCAGAUAUCUAUGCGGCAGGUGACAUCUGCACAGCAUCUUGGCAGCCCAGCCCUGUCUGGCAGCAGAUGAGGCUGUGGACCCAGGCUAGGCAGAUGGGAUGGUACGCUGCAAAGUGCAUGGCAGCAGCUAGCUUGGGAGACUACAUUGACAUGGAUUUCAGCUUUGAACUCUUCGCUCAUGUAACAAAAUUUUUUAACUCUAAGGUUGUAUUGCUGGGGAAAUACAAUGCACAGGGCUUGGGUUCAGAUCAUGAAUUAAUGCUGAGGUGCACCAAAGGACAAGAGUACAUCAAAGUUGUCAUGCAGAAUGGACAUAUGAUGGGAGCGGUCCUAAUUGGUGAAACUGACUUAGAGGAGACAUUUGAAAAUUUAAUUUUAAACCAAAUGGAUCUUUCACCAUACGGAGAAGAUCUCCUAGAUCCAAAUAUUGAUAUAGAAGAUUAUUUUGACUAAAAUGAGACUUCUUCAAGAAUCACAUAAAGUUCCAACUAAAGAAAACUACGGUCAGUAAAAUGAAUGAUCUGAUUUAAUGAUGACUUCAAUGGAGUUAAAAACAGAUGGGUCGUCUAACAUCAUGCCUGGGCCCUGGGUUCAAUCCCCAGCACCAAAGUGGGGUAAAAAACAGAAUAAUGAUGUUCAUGGAAAAGUAUUAAAAAACUAAAAUUCAGUGGAUGAAAUCAGUUCAGAUAAUUUCUUUACAUAUACAUUUUUCUAGUACAAAACUGACCUUAUGUAAGAAAUCUUAAGUUACUUAGUCAUUUUUAAGCUUUAAACAUUUCACCUGUGAUUUAGCUUUGGCACGCAUUUAGCUAAAUCGUUAUCUGCUUAGCCAAAAUGUACUCUAAUAGGCUGGAUCUAGUCUUUGAUUAUGAAGUGUCAAAACAGUAGUUUUAGGAAGCUUAUCGUUUUAUUUUACUUAAAUAAAACUCUAUUUACUUAAAUAGAGAUAAAACAGUAUUUUAUUUGUUAAUAUUAUUCAUACUGAUGUUAUUCCUUUUGUUUGAAUCAUACAGCCAUUUUAUACCUGUAAUCAUGUACAUUAUCAUGCUUAAAAUAUCACUUGAGUGUAGAUCACUUGUAUGUCAGUAUAACAGUGCUAUCAAAAAGACUUGUGUUGAAGAAAUACAGGAAGCAUACCAAGGCCUAAAGAGCUUAUACUUACAUGGACUUGUCUCAAGUAUUUCACAUUUAAACAAUUUUACAUAAAGAUUUAUUUUUCCCUUGUUUGACAGUAAAAUUAUAUAAUACGUGAACUUUUAUCAAAAGAUCUCAAAUUCUCUAAUAUUCAGAGAUGAACUUUGAAAAUACAGUUCUAUAAGUAUAAAAAGCAUCAAUGAUAUUGUUUUUAAAA